GCGUUUUUGCUGAUUGUGAAUUGUGAUGAGCAAUUGUUGUUCUCUCGCUCUUCCACAGCUCAUGAACCUCAAUUUAUCAGACCGCUGUGUCUCCCGCCACACUUACGUCCCCUCCGCCGUCCUCCGCCGCCACCACCGUCGUCGCCUCCUCAAAUACUCCCCCAAUCACGCCCAGACACCCAUCCCCACCCCAGCCAUCUUCAAGCUCUCCGACGAAGGCCUCCAAAUAACCCUAAGAACCCCUAAUCAUUCCCUUCAGCAGGUCGAGACCAGACUGAAUAAGUUCCUCGACUACGGCCGGGAAACCCUUGACGACUUGAAGACCAUCCUCACCGUCAAUGGCGACAACGGUGGGGUCGUAAUAUCCUGCAGGCGUUCCACUGUUGAGUUUCUUAUUGCACUGUUUUUGACCAGUUUGGUAGCUGCUGUUGCUUUACGUGGUUUGUUUAAGGCUCGCAAAAGUAGCGGGGAGGUGCUGAUAUAUAAGAGGGAUAGGAGCCUUGGUGGAAGGGAGGUUGUGGUUGGGAAGAGCGAGAUGAGUUGGCCCACCAGCAAAUCGACACCAUUGAGCUCGAAUGAUGUUUAUAGUAAUUACUGGAAGAGAAAAAACAGAACGAAAACGUUGGCCAAGAGGAGGAAGGAAGAAUUGCCUCAGUGGUGGCCUCGGACGGUGAACUGGGGCCCACAAGAAACAACUGAUAAGGAGGAUUAUCAGAGAAUAGUGAACCAGUUGAUUCGAGAGGCUCUUAUUCUAGAGGCACUCAUCGAAAGCAUAUCAAAUGAUGCUACCUCCAUUCAGAUUAAUGGUGAGGAUAUCCGCGAGUUCAUUGCUGGGCUUGCUGACAACGUUGGACUUGAGAGCACGCAUGCCGCGAGAAUGGCAUUAGAAGUUCAAAAUAAACAUGCUCAAGCACUAGCGGAACUGUUCAAAGUUUGUCUUAUCCACCGUGUCUUCCCUCCCGAGGAGAAUUCACCUGAGAUGGAAAUGGUUGCCCGAGGCCUUGACAAGUCUUUAAGUCUGGAACAAAGAGAACAUAUAUUGAAGUCAUUCAUCACAAUUUGUGGCGAAGAUAUUGGUCAGAGUGUAAUGGAAGCACUGGGUUUGGCCAAAGGAGGGAAACAGAUCUAAUAAACAUAUUUUGGUUUUACGGAAACUAUGGGCUAAGUGAUUGGUCUGGCUCAGUACCUGAAGAAACUUGAGAAACAGCAAUCAACAUGCCUAUCCUCUAUUUUGGACAUUCUAUACAUUGCCAUUUAGAGGAAAACUAAGUGAAACAGCUUUCUAUAUAGCAUUGUAUCUGUUGUUUGAGGGGUGUGGGGUGGAGGAGGAUGGGUGGUAACUAGUAAAAGCACUAAACCUGAAUCUAGAUUGAAGGAUUUCGAUUGUAUGAAAAGAUAUAGAGUUAAGGAAUUUUAGUUACUCUAUUGAUGUAUUUGAACCCUCACUAUAUGACUCAAAAUUGUAAAUAAAGAUUUUAAGAAUUUAGUUCCUGAAUAUUAUUCAAACAAGUGAGAAGGAUUUGGCAUUGUUGAUUUGAUAUUCUUUUGAUGAGAUCCUCCAACCCAAGCAAUAGGUAAGGUAUUUGAUUAACAAGAUUAUGCAUGUUUGUGAAACUAUUUCUUUUAUAUCUACCUCCUGUAUUUGACACACUCAUGAGAAUGUUGUGGAAUUGUUUAUUUAUAUCAGAAUCAAAUUGUAUGUUGUGAAAAUUAACCUUGAAAAUUGUAUGUUGUGAAAAUUAUUUAAAAUAUUAUUUUUAAAUUUGUGAUAUAUUUUUGAUUGUGACUUUGUUAAAUCCGUCUAUACGUGAAAGUGGUUUGAUCAACCAACUCCACACUUAUUAUGAACUUAUGUAUCAACUUCCUAGGUGGUUCGGACAUGUCCAACGAAGGCCUCCUGAUGCACCGGUGCAU